AUGUCGUCAAAGCGGAAGGUGCUUUUAAUGGGCAAAAGCGGCUCCGGGAAAACGAGCAUGCGUUCGACGAUAAUUUUCGCGAACUACAUUGCUCGUGACACGUCUAGGCUUGGACCAACAAUGGAAGUUGAACAUGCACAUGUUCGUUUUCUCGGAAAUCUUGUUUUACACUUGUGGGAUUGUGGUGGUCAGGAGACAUUUAUGAACAACUACCUAUCGUCUCAAAAGGACCAGAUUUUCAAAAAUGUUCAGGUGUUGAUUUAUGUAUUUGAUGUUGAGAGCAGAGAAUUUGAGAAGGAUCUGGGUUAUUAUCAGUCCUGUCUUGAAGCCCUUCUUCAUAACUCUCCAAAUGCUCAGGUGUUUUGUCUUAUUCAUAAAAUGGAUCUCAUCGAGGUAGAUCAUCGAGACCAGACGUUCGAGGACCGCGCUUCGCUCGUCUUGCGUUUUAGCGAAAUGGCUGCUGGUCCAGAUCGAGCAAGUACCGUCUGUCAGUGCUUCCGUAGCAGCAUUUGGGACGAAACCCUUUAUAAAGUAAGUUCUAUUCUCCAACUUGCGAAUACCUGA